UAGUCAAAUAUGUCUAUUCAGAAGAGAGCCUUUCAAUCUUUCUUCUGUAUAACACAACCAUAAUUGCGUCAGGUUUUUGUAUUGAGGUUUUUCAUUGUGACUGGAGUACCACAGUGAUACAUUCUUCGUUAGGGACUGUACAACAACUCAUAGCACUGUUUAGAAAGAACAUCUGUUUUUAAAUUGUAUUUAUAGAUUUAAACCAAUAUCUGACUGAAAGACUGAACGAUCACAAGUUUGAUUCUCACAAUCUUGUUGUUUCUGUUUUGAAGGCUUUUGUUCCAGUCACCUGUUUGUGUCACAAUGGAGCAGACAUGGGUUUGUCAUGAGGACGGUCUGGCAGAUGGAAUUGUCUUUGAAAGAAAAUCAAACUGGAUUUUUUCAACAGGCUAUAUCACAUCAAAUUUCAGAUGAGUCUAUAGUAUAUUUCUUAAGAUUUAAGGAUACUUUCCAUUACCAAAGGAUAUUGUCAGAGGGCUGAAUGAAGUGCAGAUCCUCUAACCUUUGGCGAUCCCAUCCGUCUCACGGUAGAACCAAAGGAUGUUCCAGAUACUCCUCCGGUUUUGUCCAUCUUGUCCCCUUUGGACGACAAAGGACAAGAUAUUUGUUUGGCCGCCGGGUUCUUUCCUCGAGACAAGACUAUGAUUUUGACUCCAGACGGUAAAGAACUAAAAACCAACAACAAUGCAGCCCUGUUCAUAUCCAGCAAAACCUAUUAUUAUGCUGGAUUCAACGGUGAUAAAAUCCAAAAAUGCAAAGUGGAUGAAGUAGAAGCAGAUCCAACAGCAGAUGUCAUCACUGUGACAGAAAAACCUAAAGGUCCGGUUGCACUGUCUUGUCCAACAAAGGAUACUAAUGCUCCUGCCUCAGAGUUCUUAAACAGCGAUAAACCAAAAAUGAACUCCAUGACCCUUCUUGUGACAGGUCUGAGAAUUCUGCUGGCUAAAUGUGUUGCAGUCAAUGUACUGAUGUCUGUGAAGGCAUUUCUGUUUUAAAAUAUCAAUUCAGCGAAUCGAAUUUCUUCACUUGAUCACAUCCUGCCAAACAAACAAAUGCGAUUAUAGUGAGUUACAUGUCAGUAAUUUUCCAUAUCUCUGCCUAUUAAUGUUAAAUGGAAUGAAAAAUACAAAUGGUUAGUAACAGUUUAAAUAUACAGAUGUUGACCUUAUAAACAUUUCUGAAUUCAGUGUAUUGCUUUGCUGUGUUUUCAGCUUUUGUUGCAGGCCUGUGCAAAUUAGAAUUUUUAGUUUUUUGUAAAUCAACAGUAUAAUUUUUUCAUAGUUGUAUCACAGUGUUUAAGACUUUUACAUUAUCUGAUUGUGUUAUUGUUUGCUAUUUGCUAAUGAGGCUCUGAUCUUUGCAUGUAAUAUAAUCAUUUUUUCUUAAAAUUAAAUAAUAAAAUGUCUUCAUGAA